AUGGAAGUGGCAGGUCUUGUUCUAAGUGUAGUCGCCUUGUUUAGCUCUUGCCUGAAGGGAUACCAGCUCGUCUCUGAUGUGAAGAGUGGUGAGCAUGAUUCAGCAAUUCUGCUCUGUCGACUGCAGAUUGAGGAAAAGAGGCUUAUGAUCUGGGGAAAGACAGUCGGGCUUGCUGAAGAAACAUGUCGCAUUCCUAUUCAAGAUAUCGAUAUGAUUGUUACUGUUUUGGCGGAGAUCAACAGACGCAGCAGUGAUGAAGAAGAGAUACGUAUAUCCAAAGCUCUCCAGUCUACUUGGAUAUUCGCCGUCGAAUCGACGAAAAAACUUCGAUCGCCAGGGCAGUCACUUAAAAAUGGGCUGCGUUGGGUGUUCGAUCGGAAGAACUUUGAGAAGUUAGUUGUCGACUUGCGUGAAUUGAACAACGGUUUAUAUGCGCUGCUAGAGGGAGCACAAAGACUGUCUUCUUUGAGUAGAUUCAAUGAGAUAUGCUUAUUAUCCUCGGCCAGUGAUGAUGUAAACAGGCUUGCUGUCAUCAGAGACGCCUCGAGUACAUCAUACGAGGGCCUAUCUCGCACUGUCGACCAGCGCAUGCACUUCUUCAAGUUGGAACAGUCAUCAAUUGAAGUUCCCCAGCUAGGCACUUUGAUACCCGUCGAUCAACUGGAUUGGGUGCGAUCUGAAUCUCUGAGAGGUAUUGCUCACUUUGAGGACGAAAUGGUCCUCGUGGAAUGGAGAGGAUAUGCCGAUGAAAACUACGAUGGCCAACUAGUGCUCACAGUUCUGGAGCAGAGAAUAGCUGAACUGUCAGUUCUGCUCGGUCGGAAGCCAAAGCCCGAGGGGUUUCAGGUGAUGAACUGCAUAGGCUACUGCCACGACGAGCCUAAACAACGAUUUGGAUUAGUCUAUAAUCUUCCAGUUUUGGAGGCCGACGAACCACCGGAGAUUGUAUCCCUUUAUGACUUGAUCCAUUCUCAGGCUGACGCUGACAAGGUUUUUCCAAGCCUGAAUGAUCGAUUUCUACUCUCGCGAAUCCUAGCCAACAGUCUACUGCAGCUCCAUACCACAUGUUGGCUUCAUCGAAACUUGCGCAGUUCCCACAUUCUGUUUGUGAAAUCUGGAAAGAGCAUGGACUGGCUUCAAUAUCCAUAUCUCUCUGGCUUUGGAUAUUCGCGAUUAAACAAUCCCAAGGUAGUCUCGCUGCCGGUUCGGCCCGAGGAUGAGGAAAUGGCAUACCAGCACCCUGAUCUGACCGAUGACCCACGAGUUGGAUACCGACGAGAUUACGAUGCCUAUAGCCUGGGUAUCAUUUUAACUGAAAUUGGAUUCUGGCGUCCUAUCUUCAAGUUUCGAAAGCUGGAUUACAGUGCGAACAGGAACCAUCGUCGCUUGUUGGAGUACCAGCUCACGGGCCAUCUUGCGCAUCGAAUGGGUCAGCAUUUCGAGCAGGCCGCCAAGCUACUGUUGACAGGCAAGGCGUAUGGAGACUCGAAAGUGGAAGGCGAACAACUUAUCGCAUUUUCGCGAAAUAUUGUCUCACAGCUUGACAUUCAGAAUCUGCACUAA